UUAGAGAUGAUCAAUCAAAGACAUAGAUUGACACCCAAAACCUCUUCUUAAUAAGAAAAACAAGACAGAAUUUCUCGGGAUUUUUUUUUCAUUUUUUUCCUGGGUUAUUUUUAAUUUUGUUCUUGGUGUAUUUGGUGGUGUGUGGUGGCCUUAGAAUGUUUUUUUUUUUUUUUUUUUUUUCAGUUUCCACACAACCACGCACCCCCUCCUAUUUGGUUUUUUGAAAGAAUGAAUGAAUGAAUGUACAGGUUUUUCUUGUCGAUGUCUUCAUUGUUUUUGUUAUUGUAGGAAGAAUCUUGCAGUUAGAAGUUUCGUACGUACUCUUGAUUUUCUGUUACAUGCAUUACAUUGCGCUGUUCAUGCCGGCCUGUAAAUCGGAGACAAAACGAAAAGAUUGAAUCGAUAUAUUGAAAAGCUGAGGCUAAUCGAGGUAGGAAUUGAGAGAAGGAGAAUGUCGGGUUCCAGUGAUUCUCCUGCUCCUCAAUCAUCAGAGCCGACUGUGAAUCAGCAAAAGGCUGUAUCCAGGGAGGGAAAUGGUUCAUCAGACAGCUCUCCUCCUUCGCCACCAGCGAAAUCGCCGUCUUCUGAACCUCCAUCCUCUCCUCCGAAAUCUCCACCUCCCUCAUCACCGCCUAAAUCCUCACCGACUCCGCAAGAGUCACCUGCUCCUCCGAAAGAGUCACCAUCACCACCGCCUCCUUCGCCGCCACCUUCGCCUCCACCGUCAUCUCCUUCACCAUCACCGUCAUCCCCGCCUAAAUCCAAACCACCUCCGCCUCCUCCUCCUCAUUCCCCACCCCCAAAACCAUCAUCAGCACCAGGGCCACCACCAGAUUCUUCUCCUUCUCCACCCAAGUCUGAUUCUCCGCCAUCAGAUAACGAUAACGCUCAACCUCCUCCACCGUCCGGUAAUGAAGGCGAUCAGGGCAAUCCUAAAACCCCUGUUUCACCUCCGGCGGCUCCCGGCACCCCUGCCACCCCUGCCCCGCCAACGCCGAACCAGAACCCGGCCACUCCCGCCGUCCCUAGCCCUCCAAAGCAACCUGCCACUCCUAAAACUCCACUUCCUUCGACUCCUCCACCCAAACUAUCACCACCUCCUACAAACAAGACCAAAACCGCUGAUGACUCGAGCUCAAGUAACUCUGGUCACACAGGUACUGUGAUAGGUUUGACAGUCGCCGGAGUCUUCCUGCUCGCCUUGGUUGCUGUCGUUUUCCUUUUCGUGAGGAGGAGGAAGAAGAAAAACCAACCUUAUCCCCAGAAUUACAUGGCUCCACCUCCCGGAGCUGGUCUCACUUCAGAGGGAUAUUAUCCGGGGCAAGGUCCAAAUUCUGGUCAGGCGGAAAGCUACUAUUCCAAUGGACCAUAUCCGCAGUCUUCGUUUGACCAGACGUAUGGGAGUCAGAGAGAAAGGAAUAUGAAUGCUGUUGGAUCGGAAUCGGAUCUCAUUGCUGGCCAUAAGGUACAUUUCAGCUAUGAGGAGAUGAUGGAGAUCACCAACGGAUUUUCCCGCGCAAAUGUGCUUGGUGAGGGUGGUUUUGGGUGUGUCUACAAGGGUUGGAUGCCGGACGGGAAAGUCGUGGCGGUCAAGCAGCUUAAGGCCGGUAGCGGGCAGGGAGAGAAGGAAUUCAGGGCUGAAGUUGAGAUUAUCAGUCGAGUGCAUCAUCGACAUUUGGUGUCUUUGGUUGGAUAUUGCAUCUCUGAGCAACAGAGAUUGCUUAUCUAUGAAUUUGUUCCAAAUCAAACUCUUGAGCACCAUUUGCAUGCUCCUGGAAUGUCGGUGUUGGAAUGGACUAAGAGACUCAAGAUUGCUUUAGGGUCCGCAAAGGGUUUGGCAUAUCUACAUGAAGACUGCCAUCCAAAAAUUAUUCACCGAGAUAUUAAAUCAGCGAACAUUCUUUUGGAUGAUUCCUUUGAAGCACAGGUUGCAGACUUUGGACUUGCCAAACUGACAGAUGAUAUGAAUACUCAUGUAUCCACGCGAGUGAUGGGAACAUUUGGGUACAUGGCUCCUGAGUAUGCAUCAAGUGGGAAGUUGACAGAUAGAUCAGAUGUGUUCUCAUUUGGAGUCGUGCUUCUAGAGCUCGUAACUGGGCGCAAACCUGUUGACCCAACUCGGCCUUUGGGGGAUGAGAGUUUGGUUGAAUGGGCUCGUCCACUCCUUAUUAAAGCGCUCGAAUCAGGUGACUUGAGCGAACUAGUAGAUCCUCGGCUUGAGAAGCAUUAUGUGGAGGGAGAAAUGUUAAGAAUGGUUGAGGCAGCAGCUGCAUGCGUGCGUCAUUCUGCUACAAAACGACCACGGAUGGCACAGGUCUGUAGAGCAUUGGACUGUGAAGGUGAUGAUCUCUCGAAUGGGGUGAAAUUUGGGCAGAGUACCGCUUAUGACUCUGGCCAGUACAACGAAGACAUUAUGAGAUUCAGGAGGAUGGCAUUAGGCACCGGCAGCUCAGAGUUUGAAGCGUCUAGUGCAGAAUUCACCGGUUCCAGAGAGCUAUCAGGACCUCAAACUCCAUGGACUACGACUCGCCCAGAUGUUUCAAGCGACGAAUCAGAAACUCGAGCAUUUAACAACCAGGGUAAUGCCAGCAAGAACCAACGCAACACCAGUGUCCGGCGCUACUAAUUUCUAAAGAAUGAAGUAUUAGUUUCUGACCCGUCCACACACUCAUGUUCACAUUAUUAACCUCACUGGUGCACCAGAGAGAGACAAACAGAGGAGACUGCAGUGCACUCAUUACAAAAAGAGAGAAAAGGGAAAAAAAAAAAUCAUAUUUGCAUAGAUUGGCUUUGUUGGACUAAAUUCUGACCUAUUAGUGUAUAAAUUAAGCUGACUUUUUUUUUUCUUUCUUCUUUCUCAUUUUUUCCUGAUGAAAGGUCAUUAUAUUUUCUAGUUCCCUCAAAGCAUUAGCAGUGGGGAGGCUUGUAAAGUUCACUAAAGGUACUUUUCAGUCAUUAAUACAAACAAUCUGUAUUGAUAGUAGAGCAAUAAGUUUUAA